AUGCAGGGAGAUGGGAACCUGGUGCAAUACCCGUCAUACAUUCCACGUAAGUCUCAGUAUGCCUACUGGUCUACAGGUACAUACACAGUUGGAGAUAAUGUGUCUCUAAAUCUUGAUCGUAAUGAUGAUUAUUGGUCAAUUGAGUGGUCACCUUCAAGCGAUAAUUGUGAUCCUACUGGUAUCUGCGGCAUAAAUGCUUAUUGUACUGUACCGGAACGGAAAGCCAUAUGUACAUGCCCUCUUGGUUUUGAUUUCUUAGACGGAGGACAACCUAAUUUGGGCUGCAAGAGAAAUUCCAGCACAGAUGGUUGCACGAGCAAGAAUGGAGAAACGGUUGAUAUUCUUCAGGAAUUGGAACGUGUUGAAUGGGAAGACAACCCCUAUUCUUUCUUGUCAUUGACCAGAACCGAGUGUAGGGAGAACUGCUUGAAAGACUGCGAAUGUGAAGCCGCACUAUUCAAAGAAAAGGAGUGCAGAAAACAGAAGUUUCCGCUAAGAUUCGAGAGAGAACAACAAGGUAAUUCUGGUACAACCAUAAUCAAGGUGAGAUUUGGGAGUUCUAACACAACACAGGUAAGCAAGGGAAGAAAGAAACAACAGGGAAUGGGCGUCUUAUUUGGCGGUUUUGCACUUUUAGUUUUCGCGUUAAUUGUGCUAGCUUUUUAUGCUUUUCUGAUCUUGAGAUACCGUCUAUGGUCAUACAAAAAGGUUCCUUACGAAGUUAAUGAAGGAUUGGUUGAGGAUGUCUCUCUACGAGUAUUUACUUACAGUCAACUCGAAGUUGCAACGAAUGGCUUUGUCGAAAUACUGGGUAGGGGCUCUUUUGGGACAGUUUUCAAGGGAGUCUUGUCAAAUGGGCAGAUGAAAAUUGCUGUCAAAAGACCCGAAAAAGUUGUGGGUGAAGGAGAUGUUGAAUUCAGGAACGAGAUGAGUUCCAUUGGAAGAACCCACCAUAGAAACCUAGUCCGACUACUAGGUUACUGCCAUGAUGAUUCAAAUAGGCUUUUGGUUUACGAGUAUAUGAGCAAUGGAACACUUUCUGACUACCUUUUCAAUUCCCAAAUAAAGCCAAACUGGGAAGAAAGAAUUAAAAUCUCUUUGAAUAUUGCAAGAGGGAUCCUCUACUUACACGAGGAAUGCGAAACUCACAUCAUCCACUGUGACCUCAAUCCCAACAACAUAUUAAUAGACGAGCAUGGGUGUGCAAAAAUUGCAGAUUUUGGAUUGGCAAAGCUAUUGAUGCCAGACCAUUCCAGGACUCUAACCGGGAUAAGAGGAACAAGAGGGUAUGUUGCCCCUAAGUGGCACAAGAACUUGCCCGUCACAGUAAAAGCAGAUGUGUAUAGUUUUGGAGUUGUGUUCUUGGUCAUUAUAUGUUGUCGCAAGAGCAUUGAUGUCAAUGCUCCCGAAGAAGAGGCUAUUCUUGUUAACUGGGUCUGCGACUGUUUCAAGGCUAAUGAAGUAAGCACGCUGGUACCUGAAGAAGUUGAUCAGCAAAGCUUGGAGAGGAUGAUUAGAAUUGGGUUGUGGUGCAUAGAAGAAGACCCAGCAGCUCGCCCUCCAAUUAAGAAGGUGGUUCAGAUGUUGAAAGGAACCGUAGAGAUACCCGAACCUCCAAGCGCACAAUCUUCGUUGGAGACAGAGUACCAUCAUGAUCAGCAAGCAUCGCUUCACCAGACAAAGAUCCUUCAGUCAUAUUCUGUUUAA